AUGGCAGUUCAAAUAUUUACUGACAAUAAUUUAUUUAAACAAGAGAAUGUUGAAGUAAGGACAUUAAUCGGUUAUGAUGAUAGCUGCACAAUAGCAUCUGUUAGAAGAAAAGCAAAUUAUGAAGUGGAGAAAUGGACCGAUUUUAAUCAUGUGAAAAAAAAUUUCACCAGUCAUCUGUAUAGUCUAAAAUUAUCACCAAGCCUCAUUAGUUACUUUGGUAAAAGCUUUUCAAUAGCCAUUAAACAAAAUAAGGGGGAUGCCAAAAAAAUUGCACAGGCUUUGAAAGCAAUAAUUCCCCAUGCUUAUGGUGAUCACACUCUCUGUGGAGCUUGGUGCGAGGGUAAUAUGGAUAAACAAUAUACCCAUAAAUAUCUACCCAAAGAAAAGCCGUUGACAGAUGCAGAUUUGAAAGUACAAGUAAGUAAGCUUAUAAAUCGUUACGCCUCCAACUCGCAGAAAAUUUCAGAGGGUGGUUCAACUCAGGCUAACAAAUCUAUUAAUCAAAUCAUUUCAACGAAGUGCCCAAAAGCCAGGCAUUAUGCAGCAUCAGAGUCAUUGACUUUUCGUGUGAGCGCUGCUAUUUGUCAGAAAAAUAUGGGCUGUCAAUAUUCCAGUUCGGUUUUCCAAAAAAUAGGCCUUAGACAGAGCACCGGAAGUUCCUUGUCAAGACAAAAAAAAGAUGUGUUGCGACAAAUAAAAAAAGAGGGCAUCACUUAUGAAAGUGGUUUUGCAUCGACCGAUGUUUCAAGUCUUAUCCCUACUGACACAGUUUUCACGCAGGAAAAAGCCGAUUUAACAUCUUGCAAGAUACUACUCUACGAUUUGGAAACUACUAGCUUAUCUCACCUAGAUGAUAUUGUCCAAAUUUUAGCUGCUUCGUUUGUAGAGGACAAUGAUUUCAACUCGUAUAUUAUACCAUCCAGGCCAUUUACAAAGGCAGCAACACAGAUAACAGGACUUCACAUUUCGGAAGAAUUUAGCAGUUGUGUGAAAGUGUUUGCGGACUCGUUGCAAAUUUUUAAAUGUACUCUGCAAGACAGAAAAAAGCAGAUAGGUAAAUUCACUCUUGGAACUUUGUUAGGGGACUUUGUACCAGAGUACAAACCACAAGCACUCCACAAUGCUCCCGAGGAUGUCCAGGUUCUGAAAAAACUUCUUCAAGUUAUGUUCAAGACAGAAAUUGAAAUUAAACAUUUUGCAAAAAGCAUGUGUCAAAUUAACGAGGAAAGACAAUUAAAAAUAACAAUGGAUCUCAAUAAAUCGACUUUAUUGAGGUAUAAAGAUACAUUAUCAUCAAGAAUAAUAAAUAAACUGUCAAAGGUAGGAAUCACUCAUAACGUUAUGCAACAGGCUUUCGACAAAAAUAAAAGAGAAGGUUUACGUGUUCUGUUUACUGAAAAUGUUAAAGAGAAACCGAGAGUCACAAAAAAUUCUGCAGUCAUAGAAAAAGUAUACAAUUUCUUUGAAAAGAAAUAG